AUGAUAAGGGCCUUCGAAGCUGGCCGCCUGCUUUCCGAUGACAAGGCCAGUCCAGACUUCGCUGAGUUUUGGCUGAGGCACUUCACGCGGCAUUGUGAGAAGUACAAGGACCAGGCAGAGAUUCCUGACUUCUUGCGCAGCUACGUCGGAUUUACAGUGCGCUCCUUGCUUGGGGCCCAGUGCUUGCAAGACUUGCCAUCCUUCGCAAAGCUCUUCAAGGCCUUGAAGAAUACUCAUGCCAAGUUAGUGACUCCACUGGCGUUGGCUCUGAUUCAGCUCUCGGACAGCCCGGAUACGGAGGAAGAGGUUUGCUUUGACGGCCUGUCGAUGUCGCAGCAACACACAUUCUUCCAGAGUGCGGUGUACUUGCAGUAUGCACAGAAAAAGCUAAUGAGGCGUAUCGAAUGUGUGCAGAAGGAUCACAGCAGAAGCCCCGAGAUCCGAUUGCCCAUCAUCAAGGACCUUCUCCAACACACCCUUUCAGAGGAGCAACGUGUGUCGCUCGAGUUUGCGCGCACGAUGUUGUCUCCUUUGUCAGCAGUGGAACACCUGAGCUACUUGAUGGAGGAUGUCUCCCGGUUCGACUUGCUGCAGCUGUGGUUUGGGCCUUCGGACCAUCGAAGCUGCUUGCAGUGCUUCUGCACGGGCAAGGUCACGUGUGUCUCUUUUGAAGAGUUUAAUCGCGCCGCUCAGCUGGCCAGCUGCUGCGCCGAGGCAGUUCCCAACGCUCAAGUGAAGACCUUGCUUCGCGACCUUGCAAAGAUGAAGGAGAUCUCUCCUUCCCUGGCACCCGUGUUGUUCGCUGAGCUGGUGGACGUUAAGUUGGGGUUGCCUCACGGGGAAGUGGGCAAUGCUGCAGCCAUAGAAGAGAUGGCGGAGAAGGAUCUGCGAGGCUUGUUGAAAAUUGCGAUGGGCGCUGUGCGAAAGAUCCCCGAGGGCAAGCAAGCAGCCGUGCCCUUGCUCACGGCCUUGCUCGCAAAAGCGGAGCUGCUGCUGCCGGACAAGGCCGAGACCGCAAAGCGUCUCUUUGGCGAUGUCGAUCCAGAUGACUAA